UCCUCUCCUCCCUGAGUCACACCCACUCCACCACGGUGCUGUGGGGGUAACUGGCGAGCCCCUGUAGAGGAUGGGAGGAGAGGACCAGCCCACCACCACACUCAUCUGAGAGUGCUGCAGUGAGCGCACAGCGGGAGAUUGCUGAGGCAUAGAACAACACAUAUCAAAACACUACCAUCACUUUGGUCUAUGGAAAAACCACCAGCGGCGCCGCAUCGACGUUGUUGUUGGCCGACAUGGACGAUUAUUUGCGGAGCGUCAGAAGCACGUUGGGGGCAGGGGGAUUGGUCGCUGGCUCUGGCGUCCAUAUCGUCCUAGGGGGACCAGAGGUAGAUGUGGACACGGUGGCCUCCACCUUGAGCCUAGCGCUCCACCUCAGUCAGAAGGACCCCGCCGGGCCCUCCUUCUGUGUGCCUGUGCUGCGUGGUGGUGGUGGUGGUGGUGGGGCGGGGUUGCCAAGGGAGACGGUGGAAUACCUGCAGAGAGUGGAGGUCAGCGAGAGCUCUCUGCUCUGGAGGGAGGACGUAGACCUAACGUUGCUCCAUCAGUCUGGGAGCCUCUCACUCACACUGCUGAGGGACGACGCGCUCAAUAGCUCUGAGCACAGUAUGCUGGCGUCCAGUGUGGUGCGAACGGUCCAUCGCCGCGGGCAACGAGAUGCGUGGCAGGAGGAGGAGGCGUCGUCUGCGGCGACCACAGUCGCCAGGGAGAUUCUUCAAGAGGCAGCGGAGCAUGUCCGAGGGGUUCUGGGGGAGGUGCUCGGAGAGGCUCUGAGGCUGCAGAAGGAGAGGUUGUGGGUCCAAGAUGGCCACCAGUCUGCCCAGCUUGAGGAGUUGGUGCAUUCUCUGGAGAAAUGGCGUGAGGUCACUGCAGUUCAACACCCAAAAAAGGAUGCCAAGCUUCAUGAUAAAGACAUUGAGCAACAGCUAACGCAAAUGCUUAAGGAAUUCACGGAUGGAGAAUUCGUCCUAGCGCUCUCCUCCAUGACCAUGGAAUCCCAGGACUGGUAUGGAUACUUGGACCAGUUAAAAUCGUUUUGCCAUCGACAUACCUAUGACAGCCUGGUUGUGGUCAAGUACACAGAUCAACCUCAACCCCCAAUGGUGCUGGUGUAUUCGGACAACAGCGACAUUCUAAAUCAGAUAUGCUGUGAGUUGGAGGAGUCUUUGAUCUGUCCCCAGUCCGUGAUGCUGGAGGCUGAGGAAUUUAUCCAAGGCUGUCUGCAGGUCUACCAUCUCCCUGGAGACAUCUUCCCCUCAGCCAGCAUGGCCGCUGAGCUGGAGGAAGGGCUCCGCAGCCAACUCAAAGCUUUUGUUGAACGGCGUAGCUUUGUGCUGGCCUGCCACCCCAGCAGCAGGACCUCUUCCACAGAGGGCGUAGCCGGUAGCGUUGAGUUCUCCCAAGGCUCUUCAGGAAUCACAGACAUGUAUGGCUCGGACACAGAGAAAACAUGUGCAGACGAGGUCUCCAUUGCAGGGGAGAUGGCAGACCGGGAAGGAGACUCAGGAAAUGCAGGAGGAGGAGUUGGUGAACUGGUGAGCCCAGACAGCGGUAUGGCCACCAUCCGCAGCAGCCGUUCCUCCAAGGAGGGCUCUGUUUUCCUGAGUGACGACAGCCCAAUCGGUGAGAAUAUGGCUGGGGCGGCGGCGACGGCAGGACCCGGGCAACCGUUCUUCAGAAACCCUUCCCCCCUCGGGUUCUCAACCCUCUCCACACCCGUUGCACCUGAGAGGAGGAAGCAACGGCGAAGCCGAAACAGGAGCGAUAACUUGGAACUGUUUAAUUUUGACCCUUUACAAAAUAGUAACUCGACCUUGCCAGCAAAGGUGACCCUAGAAAACUUGGGGGAAACAGGAGCUGCUAGUCGAGCGGAAAGCUCCAGUCUGUCAGAAUAUGAGGAGCUGAGUUUGGUUGAUUUCUAUGCUCCUAAAUUUGGAUCUGUAUCCGAAGAUGCAACAUCAUCAGCCAAACAGACAAAGUUCCAUUGUGGUGAUAUCCAUGAAGCUGAAGUUUCCCACACUCUCCUGAAUAGCUUGGUGGAUAGCAGCCAACCAAGCCAUUGUUCUUACAUGCAGGAAGAUAAGGAUGAAAGGCAAAAACAGAUCCUCACUCCCUCUUUGUCAGAGGUAUGGGAGGAAUUUGGCUUCAAAUCAGCGGCAGAGCAAACCAUGGUCGACGAUAAUAUGUCAAAUUUAAGUAAUGUUGUCCAGACUGAGAGUGUGGGGAACAUUUUGGAAGCAAAUCGAGUCAAAGGUUCAAGCGAGGUUCACAUAUCAAAUUACCGGGAGGAUAAAACACUAAAACCUCAACUAAGUAUGAUUAUAGAUGCAGACAAUACCUUGAACCUGGACUCAGGAUUCACACAGUCAUUGGAUACUUCUACUUUGGCUGAUUUGCAGUUGACGCCCCCAGUCGAGGACACUGAUGGAAUGAUUUGGGCAAGUAUUGCUGGAGUUCAAGGAAAACUGUUCUCUGUAGCCAAAAAGAGAGAGUGGCCCAGCACACUUACACCAGAGAGCUCAAAAGAAGAUGAUGAGGGGAUGCUUAGAAGGAAAGGAGAGAGACAGACCGAACUGAAAGAUUUUUGGUCUUACUCAGCUGAGAAGGGCUUUAUCAAAUCUGAUAGCGGAACGACAACUUCCUACCCAGAGUCCCUAGAUAUGUGGAAUACAACUAUCCGCGAUGACAGUCUUUCACCUCUCACCACCCCCGAUGUUGAAAACCUACCGGAACUCUCUGAUUUCAAUAGUGGCCCGGUCUCCACUGUUGAGGACGGAGCUUUAAUAGAAAGCCCUCAGGGAUACACUGAGUUUGGCAUGGUGAUGUGGAACACCACCAUACAGGAAGAUAGCACUUCUUCAGUUACAAGUCCAGAUGCACCAGAAACAGGAAAAGGCUCUGGGCUCUCACAGGAUACAUCCAGAUAUGCACCUGCCACACAUAUGAACCAACAAGUCCAAAAUCAGAAGCAUGUAUAUCAGGAGAAACACACAAACAUUUUCGUGGCAGAAGAGGGUGUUCAAAUAAUCGUAGAAGAGGUGGGUGGAGGAGGUAACGGCCAGGUUAGUUAUACUUUGAGUGACCUUGUGGAGCAGGAUAUGACAGCAGAAGAUCAGCAUAAUCUGACUUUGAGCGACCAAAACCUUGAUAGUUGGGCCAUACCUGUCCCUAAAAUGGUCACAUCCACGUCAGAGUAUGAUAAUGUAGGGGCUAGUGCUUGGACUGCCCCAACCUCUCCUGAAAUCUAUGCUAGUCCUGGCACACACAUGAUACAGUUAGAUGGAGAAUCCAGCCCUUUUAUCGCUUUUGUCAAACCUCAAGAAUCACAAAAGGGGAAUCAGCACUGCGAACAGUCUGCCCCGUUGCAUGAAAAUUAUCGUUCAGAAAGCCAGAUGUUCCUUUUUGAGGAAAUUAACGAGUUUGAUUGCAUUGGGUCUCCUAUCCAGUCUGAAAUUGUUAACAAAGGAAAAGAUGCACUGAAGAAGACAUCCAAUGGAUUUGAUUCUGAAGAUCAAUCAACUGUUCAAUCCCCAUUCAUUCUAGUAAAUGAUUCUCCCCUGUGCAACAGUUCAGAAAGUUUUGAUUUGAGUCCAGAAGAUUCUCAAGCUAUUGCUCAAAUACACACUCAACAAGUAGUUUCCCUAAACAAAGAUGAUAGGGAAACCCUCCAAAAGGUUGCUGGGAGUAACAAAUCAACCAUGAACAGUGACUUAUCACUUGAUUUAGAAACGACAGUUGCCCGUGUUCAUGAUGUAUCAGUCACUGAAAGAAAUGGCAAACCUCACGUUGAAGCAAGGGAAAAUGUCGAGGCUGCAGUCGUGGAAACAAUGUCCCUGAGCCCAAGCUCUGGGGGAGAGAGGGACGUACUGAGAUGUAGUCAUGACAGCCUUCUCCUCAGUAGCAUAGAUGAACUCAGGUCCAACUCAGAUGGAGAUUCUUCUUCAGGCCUGGAGAUGGAGUCCAUUGUGGUCUCAGGGUCAGUAACGGAGAGCAAGGGGGGGCAGAGUGAUGGUUUGAGCAGGGUGUGGCAGAGUGGUAGUGCCAAGCCAGUGGGAGAUGCAGGGAGGUCUAUGGAGACAUUCAGUAUGCUCUCAUGUGCUGCUACACUUCUGAAAGCCCAAGAAAUCAGGAAACAGUGCAGGCAAAAACAAACGAUAACCGAAAACGGUUCAGGUGCAUGUGAGAAUCAAGCUUUCUUGUUGCAAACUGUAGCAGCUAGACCCACUCACUCUGAUGUGGUGCCCUUGGAUAAAGGUUCACAUGAUGAACACGCCAAAAACCAGCCCUGUUCAAAAGAAGGAAUUUGUUUCCUUGAGUGCGCUGCUGAAUUGGCUACAGAUAUAUGCAGCUCCACUCAACAUGUUACAAGCGCUUCGCAUUGUCCAGCAAUAAUAGAUAACACCAUUGAAGAUUUCAUUAUUCCAGAAAUUACCGGUCCAAACUUUUCAAAAACACCCCCCGAAGUUGUCCUAGAGCAGGAAUUAACGGCGUCAUGUUGCAGCCUAUUGCAGGCUGCGGAAGAAACUUCAGAUUGCCAGUCAAACUACGUGGUACGGAGCAUGUCAUCCUCUUUGAGACAUCCGUCCGAUCACUUCCUCAAAACCAGAGAGGAAGUUUACGUCCAUUCCCAGAUAUCCAUGGAGGAUUCUGACGACGGGAUCCAGUCUCCCUUGGCUACUCCGUAUUGUCCUCCUCUGCUGGGGGUGGAAUUCGGUUGGAAGGAACCUACAGCAGAAAAAGACAUGCCCUCAAACCACUCGGAGCAGCCAUCCCCUGAGCUCACACACAGCUCGUUUUCCCACAACAGCUCCUACAUCAGCACCCCGGUGAGCGAAUCCGGUCAGCUAACAGAGAGAGCCUGGGCUGGGUCCCCUUUCGCCGGGGAUCUUAUGGAGGAGAUUUGUGAUGAAAAGGAUGAGGGGGAUUUCAAUUCAGGGCCUCCUGUCCCUUCCUUUCGGACCGAAGGACAGGGGAAGGAGAGAGAAGGGGGAGGUUACCUUAAAAUGCCAUGCACGGGGCUCACAAAGGACCUUAUGGGGGGAGAGUGUACUGCUCAGCUUCUUGCUGUGCAGACAAUGGAGUCUACAUGGGGGGUGACUUCUCAAAGCAGAGAGGAUUCCUCAUCCAAAGAGCCGACAACGCUCCAUGGUUUCGAUGGAUCCCAAGAUCAGGAAAUCGGAGACAGUUCAAGUUACUCACAAAGUCAAAGGCACAUGGAUGGGACAGCGCAGGCCUUCGCCCUACCGCCGCCCUGCGGGAACAUUCUGUACCAGUGGACGAGAGACGCAAGCUCCACUGAGUGUCAAGCCAAACAUGGCUACAACUACCACCACACCGACCAGAGAGUUGAUAGCCAGGGCGACAGGCAUGGCGACCCUGACAGCAGUGUCGACUGGCUGCAGGAUACCUCAGACGGUCUGGUGGAGUGGGACGGUGAACCCAGCGUUUUUAUAUCCUCUGAACAAGGAGAUUAUGCUGCAUCCAUUCAGAACACCGGGCAGGAAUCCUUCAAUCAAGAUGAUGGGGUGGAAGGCCAAGAUGGGUCUUAUCACAGGGGGAAGCUAGAAGGUCAGCCCAUCGACGGGUCACUGGACCACAGCGAGGGGUCUCUCACUACAGACGACGCCGUGGAAAGCGACAGUACUCCCAAGCUCAACACCGCGGCGGGCGCCCAGGAACCCAUCCCGGAAUACACUGCGGCGGAGGAGCGCCGGGACAGCCUGCUGUGGAGGAGCGUGGCGAUCGGAGACCAGGAGCAUCGCGUGGACAUGAAGUGCAUCGAGCCAUACAGGAGGGUCGUCUCCCAUGGAGGUUACUAUGGUGACCAGAACGCCAUCAUUGUCUUUGCAGCGUGCUUCCUACCAGAUAGUAACUGUGAAAACUACAACUAUGUCAUGGAAAAUCUUUUCCUGUAUGUCAUUGGUACUUUGGAGCUGAUGGUGGCGGAGGACUAUAUGGUUGUUUAUCUAAACGGAGCCACACCGCGCCGGAGAAUGCCUGGCUUCAGCUGGAUGAAGAAGUGCUACCAGAUGAUAGACAGGAGGCUGAAGAAGAACCUGAAGCAGUUCAUAAUUGUGCAUCCUUCCUGGUUCAUACGGACUGUACUGGGUCUGACCCGACCCUUCAUAAGCUACAAGUUCAGCAGUAAGAUCAAAUAUGUGCACAGUCUGGCAGAGCUGUGGGCGAUGGUUCCCAUGGAGUAUGUGCAGAUUCCUGCGAGUAUUGUCAGGUACGAAGAGGAGAGGGGUAUACACACAUUUGCAUGCAUGAGACUGGAUAAAGAACUACAGCGAUCAGCAGACAAAGACAAGAAGAAGGGUAACUCUGCGGUGUGACGGGAGUCACCUGUGGAUUCAUCUUGAUGCAAGGCCAAUGCUACUCUAUUGAGUAUGUUGCAUGCCACGCCCUUUACAGUUCAUGGCUAUGGAGUGCAUAUGGUUGAACGUCUCCGCUGUAUAGCAGGUUAAUGAAUGUGCAGAGAACGUGAUGCAUAAUCAUACUCCAAACACUGUGCUGUUGCUAUGGAAGGAAUUCUGGCAUCAUUCAGAACGGAGAGAAAAUGAAAAAGAAUGUGGUUUCACACUGUAUUUGCAAAAACAUUUGUGCGAUGAAUGUGCCUAAAUGUUAUUUUAGUAUCUUCCCCUGGAUUUCGUUUGGCAUUUGUUAUUGUGGUGUCAAAAUCAAUAACCAACUAUCCAGAGAUGUAUUUUUUAAUUAAAUGGAAUAGACUAGGGCUACCUAUACCACGUCAAAAUAGAGCUGUUCAUUAGGCCCUGCCCAUUGUAUUCAUUAUUGUGGGCUUUGCUGUCUUGAUUAUGUUGUCUAUUCAUUUAGUUCAUGUUUUAUGGCCAUUUCCCUGUUUGAUAUGAUCAGGAAAGCUAUAUAUUUGGACUCCACUGUCAUGCAUGAAUUGCUGUCAAGGUGUCGUCGGCUCCUGGUUGGGAAACAUCUGUCUAUUUGCUUUCUUUGGUUUAUUCUGUUCCGUCCCAGUAAUAAAGAACCACAUAAAGCUUUCAAGAAAACAAA